GGAAUUCCGAGCUCGUUCUCCCGGGAAAGCCGGAGACGCGGAGCAUGAUGGAAUCGCGGAUCCGGAGGCUGGCGACGACGCUGAUGGACGCGAGCACGGAUAAAGAUCCCGAGGUGCAGGAGCAGAUCCGGAAUUCCCUGAGUUCCCUGGGAAACGCCGAUCCCGAGGAAAUGCUGGAAUGCUGCGGGGAGUACCUGCGGCAGCACGAGAAGCUGCCGUUCCCAUUCCGGGCCCUGAUCCUGUUUUCCAUGGGUUCCGUUAUCCGGAGCCAUCUCCAGGAUCUCGGGAAGGGCUCGGCCGCCGCCGCCGCCGCUUUGGCCGCUCGCGAGAUGACCCGAGCCAAG